AUGUCUCCGGGAAGACACCUCUGGAACCGCCGUCGCAGCAGGAGACACUCCCUCUCCCGUUCCACCAGGGCCGGGCUGCAGUUCCCUGUGAGCCACGUGGACCGCCUCCUGCGAAGUCAGUUCACCAACCACCUGAGCUCAGCGACGCCCGUGUUCCUGACCGCAGUCCUUGAGUACCUGAUAGCCAACAUCCUGGACCAGGCGGGGAAGGAGGCCUGCACCAACCACAAGGUGUGCAUCGGCCCGGAGCACGUGCAGAUGGCGCUGAUCAACAAUGAGAAUCUCCGCCGCCUCUUCCAGCCCCGUGCCUUCUCUCAGCCUGAAGCUUCACCACCCGCUCCUGAGAAUUAG